ACUAGCAUAGAAUGAGCAAUGAGAGGUAAUAUAAAUAUCCCUAAGCUUGGUGCUGUCCUCACUGCUUUUUUUGGAUCUUGGUAUCUGCUGCACAUAUCCUGGCUUAAAUACUCAGAAGAAAGAGAGAAAAAAUUAUUAGAGGUUGCAAAGAAAGAAGUUUUUGAGAAGUAUCCAGAACUGCGUCCAUAUGUGAACUUAGAUAAGGAUGACUUUGCCGAAUAUAAGGAAAAAUAUGCACAGAAGCUAGAAAGGAAAGACUGAUAACAUUUAUGAAAAUUAUUCAUUAGCCAUAAUUUAAAGGAUACUAUAUAUCACAUGCUUACCAAUUGACAAUGCAAAAACCUACUCGAACUCGAAUUGUGAAAUCACCCAAACAGUUCUUAGGAAUUUUGUUAGGUACAGUAUUAUUAAGGAAAGCUUUGGAGAAAUAUAAACUUCAUACUAUUCGCAUGGACGUGCCCUCCACAGGGUUAGAAAGAUAUGAAAUUAGGAGAGCUAAACUGGAGGAAAGGAAGAGACGUGAACAGAGUCAGUUUAUUCGGGUCAGUGAGAUAGAAGAAACUUCAUAACAUUGAAGAGCUAUAGGAAUGAGUGGAAGGAAAAGUGUGAAGGAGGAGAGCAAGGUUCAUCAUGGCGAGCUCAAAGAAAACCUAGAAGGAGUAAAAUUAUUAAAAAACAUAGUCCAGACUAGCCGGGGGCCACAUGGUAAGGUCAAGGUCAUACAGAAUGCUUGUGGUGGACAUGUGACCUUGACCUCAUCAUCUGGGCGACUUUUACCUGUGUUAUCUGUAUCAAAGCCACUUCUUAAGCUCUUAGUGACCUCCGCUGAAGGUCAUCUUCAGAAGUUCAGUGAUGGAGGAUUGUCUCUGAUGGCCUGGUGCCUGAAUAUUGUGGAAUCAGCCGAGAAUUCUGUUGUUAAUAACAGAGUUUUGAUAGAACUAAAUGACGAACUGAUGGAACUGGCCUUGAGUGUGUUGAAUGCUGACAGUUUUCCAGGAAAAGUCCAUCUUUCUUUGUCUAAUACUGUUAAAAUUUUAUCACUAGUGAAAACAAUUCUUUCAUCUAAACCUCUGUGUAAAUUGUCAGGUGAAUGUCUAAAGCAUAUAGCAUCUUUACUUGUUGAAUGUUUCUUGACCUCUAUGAAAGAAGAUCAUAAGAAUGCUAAUGGUGUCAUGAUUUUGACUUCAGAGGGUACAUCAGUGGACCAGUCUAAAUAUUUACCAGGGAUUUUAUUAUUUUAUCCAGAAAUUUCUUCUUCUCAGACAAAGACUCUUCAUUUUAACAUGAUAAAAGAUGGAAGAAUUUUGGUUGCCUUGGUGACAACAUCCAUGUCGGGUGACAGUGAAGAGGUCAUUCAAGGUCAAUAUCAUCAGAAUACUGAAGUGAAUGCACAGCAAACAGUAAUAGAAUAUAUCAUGACAUUUUGUAAUCGCAUAAUUGACCAUAAAGUAGGAGUGAUUAUGUGUCAAAGGGUCAUCCAUCCAAAAAUAAAAACAUAUCUGAGAAGGAAGGGAGUAUUUGUAAUUGAACGAAUGGGAGCAAGGAUUACCAGCUAUGUACAGGAUUUGACAGGCUCAAUCCCUAUAGAUUCAUUCUCCUGUGACCCAAUGAAGAACGUAGGUUGGUUGGAUGCUGUAGACCAUGUCAUUCUGAACAAGAAGAGUUACCUCCACUUACAGAGAGCAGACAGAGGAGUUAACUCCCUUUUGUUGUAUGGUAUGGAGGAAGAGACAGUAUCAGAGCUCAAGUUGGUGUGCGAGACAGCAUUGAGUAGCUUACAGAACACUAUACAGUAUCCCAUAGUUCUCUGUGGUGGAGGAUGCUGGGAAACAAGUCUGGCAUUCAGUAUCAAACAAAAGAUGGAAGAAAAAAGAUCUUCAAUUCUUGAGAAGACCAUGUGUACACCAUCAGCAUUAUCAGCGGCCUGUGAAAUCUUUUGUAAUAGCUUAUUAAAGGUUGCCAGGUCAUCGGGGUACCCUGGGGUUAUGAUGAUGACGGCCUAUCCUACCUUUCACUGCUGGAGAGUUCCACUUGAUAGUGAUGAGCACUAUGACCUUGACACUCUGAAAUGUUCAUGUGGGAUGGUGACUGAGAAAAUGGAUACUUUGAUUUCUGUGAAUGACAUAAAGAUUGAUUCACACUCCUCAAUAAAUGACACAGUUUUGAAAAAUGAAAUAAGUAAUCUUCAACAGAUUUCUCAAACUAAAUCUUGUCAUGUAGAUUCCUAUAUUUCUAAUGUCAGUGCUUUAAAAAAUGCUGUAUCUACAGCCAACAUGAUGUUAAAUGUUGGAAAUUGUUUGCAGGAUAUUAACGGAACUUGUGGGUAUUAGUACCGUUAAUUGCUUUAUAAUUGACAGUUGUGAAUUUAAAUUAUAUACUUGUAAAUUCACCUAUAAAGGAAUAUUUGUAUUAAAUUUCAAAGCUUUUCAAACUAUGAAGUGACACUGGUUACCUUACAUGUAUGUCUGUCUACUCUUUGUCAAUAUAUACAUUUCUUCCUGAUGCAGAGCCUUA